AUGGCUUUAGCAAAUGUACUUGGAUUUAAAUCGAAUGAUGCAUUUAAUCGAUCACUUCAAUGUGAAAAAACAGAUGAUCAUAUUGAUGAAUUUUGUCCGAAAUUGAACAUUGAAAAUAUAGCUCAAUUUAUUACUUUACCACCAUAUGCUGAUCCGGCUAAAUAUUUAAAAAUGAUCAAUGAAAAUGUUGAUCGUGUUCGAAUUCAAUUUCUUAAGGGUACAACAACAUUAGCAUUUAAAUUUCGUAAUGGUGUUAUGGUUGCUGUUGACAGUCGUGCAACUGCCGGCGGUUUUAUUGCAUCGGGAGAAGUCAAAAAAAUAAUUGAAAUCAAUCCUUAUUUAUUGGGAACAAUGGCCGGUGGUGCUGCCGAUUGUGCUUUUUGGGAACGAGUACUUGCACGCCAUUGUCGUAUCUAUGAAUUACGUAAUAAAGAAAAAAUUUCCGUUGCAGCUGCUUCAAAAAUUCUCGCAAAUAUGGUCUUUGAAUAUCGUGGUAUGGGUUUAUCAAUGGGCACAAUGAUUAUUGGUUGGGAUAAACGAGGACCCGGUUUAUAUAUGGUAUCUGAUGAUGGUGAACGUAUUAGUGAUAAUUUAUUUUCUGUUGGUAGUGGUUCAAUUUAUGCAUAUAGUAUUCUUGAUGCUAGUUAUAAAUAUGAAAUGAGUACAGUUGAUGCUAUUGAUCUUGCUCGUCGAGCUAUUGUACAUGCUGCUCAUCGUGAUGCAGCUUCAGGCAACAUCGUUCGAAUUUAUCAUAUGAAAGAGACUGGUUGGGAAAAAAUUGAAGAAAAAGAUACUAAUGAUUAUAUGUAUCAAUUUCGUCUUGUUAUAGCUGCUAAUAUUGUUAUUGUAGUUGUAUUACAUCGCACUUCAUAUGGUUGGCGAAUGUCUGAAGAUUCUAACCAACAAGAGUCUAAUUCAAGCUUUUGCAAAACAAAUUUAUCAAAAGCAUCACUUCGUCAAAGUUGUUCCGGUAGUUCAACAACUACAGCAGCUGAAUUAGUAUUAGCUGCAAAACGACGCACAAAUAUACAAGUUACACGUAUGCUUUUAGCUGUUACAUUAUCAUUAAUUAUAUUUAAUAUUCCUAAUACAAUAUUUUUUGUUUCUGUUAAAAUUUAUGAUAUAAGAAAAAUAUUAGGUGGACGUCAAUGUUUCGAGAUUAGUGACCGCGAUAUAGUAUUAUAUAAACUUGGAUUUUAUUCAGAUGUUAUACAAGAUAUAUUGUCGGAUUUACCCCAUGUAGUUAAUUUUUUCUUAUAUUAUUUAGCCGGGAAAAGAUUUCGAAGUAUAUUUCUAAAUGAAUUUCAUCAAUUACUUGUUGAUUUUCAUUUCAUUAAACAAAAUCAAAGACGUCGUACAUAUGGAGCAUCUAUUUUGAAUCCGAAUUUAACACCAAGUACAGGUUAUUAUCAAACUCUAGGACGUGUAUCAUCAAAAACACCUCCAUCAAAAGUAAGACAGAGUUUUAAAGUUGUGUUUANUUAG